CAUGCCAUGCAGCUCAUUUCAAGUUUGCCAUUAGUAUCAGUGCUGUGGAUGACUGGACUUAGUCCAGCAGCAUGUGAAAUUAACCCGGUCAGCUGCAGGCUGUGGGCUGAGCCUCAGCAGCCUGGUCUCUCUAUGAAUGGAGAUUUUGUGAUUGGAGGAAUUUUUUCAAUUCAUUACUACACAAAAUCAGAGCAGAUCACUUAUACCAGCAUACCACCACAGCCACAGUGUUCUGGGAGCAUGGACUUAAGAGAAAUGCGCUUUGCCCGUGCCAUGGAAUUUACCAUUCACGAGAUCAACAACAGCACGGAUCUCCUGCCAGGAAUCAGGUUGGGCUACCAGAUACACGACUCAUGCACUGCCGUCCCGAUGGCCAUCAAAGUGGGAUUUCAGUUUGCUAAUGGCAUAGACCCGGUUUUCAAUGUGUCUGUGUCAUGUGAAAAAUCUGUAGCUGCAGCUGUACCAGCUGUAGUAGGGGAGUCUUCUUCCACCCCCUCAAUCAGCAUGGCCAGAAUGCUGGGUCUUUUUCGAAUCCCACAGGUCAGCCCCUUUGCAACCUGCGCUUGUCUGAGUGAUAAACGUCAGUAUCCUGCCUUCUUCAGGACCGUUCCCAGUGACCAUCACCAAGCUGCUGCCCUGGCAAGAAUGGUCAAGCACUUUGGCUGGACGUGGAUUGGGGCAGUGCGCAGUGAUUCAGAUUAUGGAAAUAAUGGAAUGGCCUCGUUUCUAAAAGCUGCGCAGGAGGAAGGGAUCUGCGUGGAGUACUCGGAGGCCUACUACAGAACGCAACCGCGCAGCAAACUGGAGAGAGUGGCAAACGUUAUCCGCAGAUCAACAGCUCGGGUAAUAGUAGCGUUUGUUGCCUCAGGUGACAUGAAGUUCCUGCUGGAAGAACUGGCAAGAGAACCACCGCCUCCCCUUCAGUGGAUAGGCAGUGAAACUUGGAUUACUGAUGUAGAUUUCCUUAAAUUUAACAUGUGUUCUGGGGCAGUGGGGUUUGGCAUCCCUCCGUCAGUUAUUCCAGGUCUUCGGGAGUUUCUUCUAGAUCUAACUCCAGCCCAAGCACUGAAAUCACCAUUACUAACGGAGCUUUGGGAGCGCUCUUUUAGCUGUAACUUAAAAGGGCAGACAGGGUUCUUUGAGGGCACGAGAGAAUGUGAUGGCAGUGAGGAUUUCCAUACGCUGCAUAAUCAGUAUACAGAUACUUCGCAGCUGCGCAUCACUAACAUGGUGUACAAAGCCACGUAUGCCAUAGCACACGCCAUCCACAGUAUUAUCUGUAAUGGUACGAAAUGCGACAAGACCAUUCAGUUUGCACCAUGGCAGAUAUUCAACGAACUCAAGAAAGUGAACUUUAUGACAAAGAAUGGUUACCGGGUCACAUUUGAUUCCAGUGGCGAUCCCGUGGCUGUAUAUGAUCUCAUAAACUGGCAAGUUAAGAGAGAUGGAAGUUUGACUUUUGUGACUGUGGGCCAUUAUGACUCUUCCAAACCGAGAGGCCAGGAGUUCAGCAUGAGCAGACCAAUCAGCUGGGUCAGUGGAGAGACAGAGGUCCCAGUGUCUGUGUGCAGUGAGAGCUGUCCUCCUGGGACAAGGAAAGCAAUGCAGAAAGGAAGGCCCAUCUGCUGCUAUGACUGUAUACCAUGUGCAGAAGGAGAGAUCAGUAACAUGACAGACUCUUUAGACUGUAUGCACUGUCCUCCUGAGUUCUGGCCCAACACCAAGCAAGACAGCUGCCUCCCCAAGCCAGUGGAGUUCCUGUCCUGGGAUGACAAUCUGAGCAUUAUCCUCACAGCAUUCUCUGUUGCUGGGGCUGUCAUGGCUGUAUCUGUAGCUGGUGUCUUCUACAAACACAGAAAUUCCCCCAUCGUCCGAGCCAACAACUCAGAACUGAGCUUUCUGCUGCUCUUCUCUUUGACUCUAUGUUUCCUCUGUUCUCUGACUUUCAUAGGUCGACCCUCUGAGUGGUCCUGUAUGCUGCGUCACACUGCUUUUGGGAUCACCUUCGUCCUCUGCAUCUCCUGUGUUCUGGGGAAAACAAUAGUGGUGUUAAUGGCCUUCAGAGCUACACUUCCAGGCAGUAAUGUCAUGAAGUGGUUUGGGCCUCCACAGCAGAGACUCAGUGUUCUUGCUUUCACUCUCAUACAGGUCCUUAUUUGUGUGCUUUGGUUAAAAAUAUCACCCCCGUUUCCAUUAAAAAAUUUGAAGCACUACAAAGAAAGGAUAAUAUUAGAAUGUGGGUUGGGUUCAGCAAUAGGUUUCUGGGCUGUGCUGGGCUAUAUAGGAUUUUUGGCCCUUUUGUGUUUUGUUUUGGCUUUUCUGGCUCGGAAGCUGCCUGAUAACUUCAAUGAAGCCAAAUUCAUCACAUUCAGCAUGCUCAUAUUCUGUGCAGUCUGGAUCACCUUUAUCCCAGCUUAUGUCAGCUCUCCUGGAAAGUUCACUGUAGCUGUAGAGAUAUUUGCAAUUUUGUCCUCAAGCUUUGGUUUAAUCAUUUGUAUUUUUGUUCCAAAAUGUUUUAUAAUUGUUUUCAGGCCAGAACAGAAUACCAAAAAACAUCUUAUGGGUAAAGUACCAUCAAAGGCUCUUUAAAAGUCUUAAAGAAAUUGAAAAAGAAACCUGGAAACCUUUCACCAUAUUCAAAGAGUAAUGAUGAUACAUACACAUGUAAAGAAUAUUAUCCAUAUGAAAAUAAAGCUUAAUAUAUUAAUUAAAUUACAUUGUUAAU